CCGUCCCCACGGUGUGUGCAGGCAAGUGGCUGGGCUGCCAGUCGAUGGACAACCAGAUCCUGGUGUUCGGUGCCCACAAUCGCUUCCGCCUCAACAAGAAGAAGGUCUUCAAGGGGCACAUGGUCGCUGGCUACGCCUGCCAGGUCGGGUUCUCUCCGGACAUGAGCUACGUGAUCUCUGGCGACGCGGACGGCCGCCUCAACGUGUGGGACUGGAAGAGCACCAAGCUGUACUCCCGCCUGCGUGCUCACGACUCGGUGUGCAUCGGCGCCAUCUGGCACCCGCACGAGACAUCCAAGGUGCUCACCUGCGGCUGGGACGGCCUCAUCAAGCUCUGGGACUGAGAUGCCCUGGGGGGGGUAG